AAUCGCGAAGGGAGGGAGGAGGGAUCGAGGGAUGAAGGAGACGUGAGCAGCUGUCGCACAACUACGGCAGACUACAGCCUGGACUUUCCGACUUGUGCCGUCGGAGUCUGGCGGGCGAACGAACGAGCGGGCGGCGGCGGUGAAGAGGACGAAGAGGAGCAGGAGGAGGAAGAGGAGGAAGAGGAGGAGGAGGAUUCGCGAACAUAGUUUUCCGAAGGCGAUUAGCUGUGACGGACGCCGACGGAGGGGCUCCGCGCGGCUGCACGUAGAGAUGAGGAUUCCUCCGGUGUGGGCGCUGGGCGCUGGCCAGACUGGGUGAAGUGAUAUCUGAGAGGGAAACCUUCUGGGACAAAUAGCACACACCGCCUGGGACUGCUGAGGAGGACCUCUGUGCAGGUUCACGCGGCCGUCGGCAGGGUGGAGCUUCCUGACCCAUGGAGAAUUACUUCCAGGCCGAGGCCUUCAACCUGGACAAGGUCCUGGACGAGUUUGAGCAGAACGAAGAUGAAACGGACACCCCUAUUCUGUCGGACGCCAAGUGGACCCAGAUCCUGGCCCCGCCGGCCCACCUGCUCUCCCUGAACCCCGCCCUGGCCCACGCGGACCUCAGCCCCCGGGAGAGUCCGCUGCCCUUCAAGACUCUCCCUGACUCCUCAUCCAGCGCCUCCCCGGGGGCAGACCCCAAAAGACACACAGGUCCCGAACUUCCAUCCUGGGCAGAGGAGAGGCCGGCGGACGUCCACAGCCCACCACUCCCCCAGCCCAACAUCGGCAAACUGGUGGGGACUGACGACCUCUCGCCGGCCCCCGUGACGGCAUGCGGUGCCGUGGAGAAUGGUUGCUCUGCGAGCCCACGACACGAUGGGCUUAGAGAGGAGAUAAGUUCUCCUCCAGACAACACGCCCGGUGCUUCUGACCAGACGGGUAAACCUUACCAGGAGGAGAGAGCUGCUUCGGCAGCAGGAGGAAGCUCCACUGUCAGUCACACUCACUUUACCUUCGAGCUCGGACCGGGACAGGAAGACGCUCUGUCUGAGAGGAUUCACUCAAAUGUGGAAGUGACGACGCAAAUUGAGGACGAUGUCACGAAAGAGGCCAGUGCAGCCUCUUUACAGGACUAUGGACAAGAGAGACAAACUGCAAACUCAAACAAGGAACAGGGAGAAAGUGUCUUAAAUGGGGGGAGAGACGUUCAGGCUGGUUGCGAGGCAGAGGAGAAUGGUUUAUCUGCUCUUAACGGGGUUGGACUGGAGAAGGAGCAGAGAUUUGAUCGAGAGGGACAGAUAGAACAGCUCCUCAGAAUAACGAGCCUUCCCAAUGGUUCGGAGCAAGAGGGCAGUAGUCACGCCACGCUGAAAGAGACGGAGGAGCGGGAGGCGGAGGAGGGUUUUUCUCCCUCUCCUGUUCCCUCCAAAGAGGACUCUGUGACCGAGGAGAAAGAAAUGGAGGAGAGCAAGCAGGAGAGCGGCGACGGAGGAGCGGCGGGGUCGGGUAGCGUCCAAUCAAAGCUCAACAACAGUCGGCUGCAGCCGGUCAGCGUUCCCUACGGAGGGGCGCGGCCGAAGCAGCCGGUCAGCCUCAAACUUCAGAUUCCACAGCCGCUGUCCGGCCAGGUCCAGAACCAGCUCGUCAGCAAGAACAAGAAUCUGGAGAACCAGUGUCGGAGAGGGACGCCGUCGUCUGAAACGACGCUCGUUGGCACUGAUCAUCAGCCCGCGGUCGGGGUGAACGGAGACGUUGCUGUCCCCUCUCCCACCCCGGUGCCUUCGGAGAGCCCUGACAACGACCUCCAGGCCGGCCAGCAGGGGGCGCUGUGCAAGAAACCCGCCAGCUCCCUGGGCGAGGUCGCCCCCGUGUGGGUGCCCGACUCGCAGGCUCCCGUGUGCAUGAAAUGCGAUGUCAAGUUCACCUUCACCAAGAGGAGGCACCACUGCCGGGCCUGUGGCAAGGUGUUCUGUGCCACCUGCUGCAGUGUGAAGUGCAGGCUCACGUACAUGGACAGGAAAGAGGCCCGUGUCUGCGUCACCUGUCACUCUGCGCUGACGAGUGCUCAAUCGUGGGAGACGCCAGCCACUGGCAGCAACCACAGUCCGAACCCCAACAACCCAGCGGAGUACUGCUCCACCAUCCCCCCUCUGCAGCAGGCUCAGGCCUCCGGGGUCCUCAGCUCUCCUCCUCCCACCGUCAUGGUGCCCGUGGGAGUCCUAAAACAGCCCGGCAACGAGGGGUCCCUCACUCGUGAGCAGAGGAGGGUGUGGUUUGCCGACGGCGUCCUACCUAACGGAGACGCGGCAGAGUCCCCCAAACCUACGACCUCCUCCAGCCCGGCCCCCUCCCAGUCACUGGCCAUCUCCACGGGCUCAAACAAAUCCUCCUCCGCUUCUGAUUCCUUAGAGGCGGCCCACACCCCUGUUGCCCCGGUGGGCAGCCCCGUGGGCAGCUCCCUCAGCCUGAUUCCGGAGGACGGGCUCCCUCCCAUCCUCAUCUCCACCGGAGUCAAAGGAGGUACGGGAGGCCACAUCACAGACUACGCGGUGGAGGAGAGGCCGUCGGAGAUCGUUCUCUUGCAGCAGCUGGAGGAGGGAUGCCCAGACCCCCUGGUCUUCGUGCUCAACGCCAACCUGCUCGCCAUGGUCAAGCUUGUUAACUACGUAAACCGGAAGUGCUGGUACGUGACAACCAAAGGCAUGCACGCCGUCGGCCAGGCAGAGGUGGUCAUUCUGCUCCAGUGCCUCCCCGACGAGAAGACUAUCCCCAAAGACGUCUUCACCCACUUCGUGCACCUCUACCAGGAGGCCCUCAGUGGCAACGUGCUGGGCCACUUGAGCCACUCCUUCUUCACGCAGAGCUUCCUGGGCAGUAAGGAGCACGGCGGAUUCCUCUACAUCAGCCCCUCCUUCCAGUCGCUGCAGGACCUCCUGCUGCCGAACCCGCCUUACCUCUUUGGCAUCCUGAUCCAGAAGUGGGAGACGCCCUGGGCCAAGGUCUUCCCCAUCCGCCUCAUGCUGCGGCUGGGUGCCGAGUACCGCUUUUAUCCGUGUCCGCUGUUCAGCGUUCGCUUCAGAAAGCCUCUCUUCGGAGAGACCGGUCACACCAUCAUGAACCUGCUCGCAGACUUUCGUAACUACCAGUACACGCUGCCGGCGGUGAAAGGCCUGGUUGUGGACAUGGAGGUGAGGAAGACGAGCAUCAAGAUCCCCAGCAAUCGCUACAACGAGCUCAUGAAGGCCAUGAACAAGUCCAACGAGCACGUGCUGGCCAUGGGGGCGUGUUUCAACGACCGCGCCGACUCCCACCUGGUGUGCGUCCAGAACGACGACGGCAACUACCAGACGCAGGCGAUCAGCAUCCACCACCAGCCGCGCAAAGUUACCGGAGCCUGCUUCUUUGUGUUCAGUGGAGCCCUGAAAGCCUCGUCGGGCUUCUUGGCGAAGACGAGCAUCGUGGAAGACGGCGUGAUGAUCCAGAUCACCGCCGAGACCAUGGACUCUCUACGGCAAGCCCUGAGGGACAUGAAGGACUUCACCGUCACGUGCGGUAAAGCCGACCAGGAGGAGAACCAAGAGCUUGUGCACAUCCAGUGGACAGAGGACGACCACAACUUCAACAAGGGUGUGAUCAGUCCGAUCGACGGGAAGUCGAUGGAGUCCAUCACCAGCGUCAAGAUCUUCCACGGCUCCGAGUUCAAAGCCAACGGCAAAGUCAUCCGCUGGACGGAGGUCUUCUUCCUCCAGAGCGAAGACCAGCCCAACGGCCUGAGCGACCCCGCCGACCACAGCCGGCUGACGGAGAACGUGGCGAGGGCGUUCUGCGUGGCGCUGUGUCCGCACCUGAAGCUGCUGAAGGAGGACGGCAUGGCCAAGCUGGGGCUGAGGGUCACGCUGGACUCUGACCAGGUGGGUUACCUGGCAGGAAGUAACGGUCAGCCGCUGCUGCCCCAGUACCUGAGCGACCUGGACAGCGCGCUGAUCCCUGUCAUCCACAGCGGCGCGUGUCAGCUGAGCGAGGGCCCCGUCGUCAUGGAGCUGGUCUUCUACAUCCUGGAGAUCAUCUCCUAGAAGCCGGCAGCACACACCCUCCCUCCACCGCGGAGCUUCACCUCCGAGGCUCUCUUUUUUUUCUUUUUCUUUUAUUUUUAAACCUUCUGACGUCGUCUCACAGCCCGGCCCUCCUUCCCCUCCGUCGUCAUCUCCCUUCAGACCGUUUGCACUUUCACUAAGAGCCUGAAAACUGUGCCGUGCCAGGUUGGUGGUAGCAGCAGCAUCAUUCCUCCGGUCAAACCUAUGCAUCCAAUUCCGGAGGUCGCCUGGGGUCACCCAAAGGAAGCUCGGAGCAGGGUCAUCUGUUUUCCCCUCACCGGCCUGGUGCUCCGAUCACAACCGGGUCCGUCGCCACACCCACACCGUCCACGUCGUGCUGCGGCGUUAGAGAGUAGUCAAGUGCCUAUUGAUGUGAAAACACAUUCGGGAGCCGAAGCCAGUAACACCGUUAAUAAAGACGUCACGUCAGGUCAGGUAGAAGCAAAGAAAUCACAAAAAGAAGGAAUCUAUUUCUACUUGAGAGCCUGAUAGGGUUGGGGUAUAGGCUGCUGAUCCUAAAUAUUGAUAAUCUGUGGAGGCUCGUGUGUUCGACCGCUGUCAGUCUCUUUUGUAGCAGAGAGCACCAACAACAUCUGGACCGGUGAGGCUCAGCAGACUGUGACGAACCGUGAAAUAAAAAUAGCUCAGGCGCAGACUAAAUUAUUAAAUAGGGAUGCAACCGACGAUUCUUUUUUUGGGGGAGGGGAAAACAAAACAUAAAUCGGUAAAAAAAAAUCUUUCCCAGAGCUCGAGCUGUUGUCAAAAAAUGUUUUAUUCUGUGGAACCAACAGUUAAAAACUCAGAUACUCAGUUUACUAAAAAAAAUACAAGAAAAAAAAAUUAUGAAACCAUCAAAUCUGUGGUUAAAGGAUAAACUGAUUACUGAAAUAGUCUGCGAUUAGUUAUUAUUAACCUGACGCCGAAUGGCAGGGUAAUAUAUUAAUCUGAGUUUUAUCUGAGGAGCUGUCGCAUAAGUUGAAGAUAGAUUUACUCUUACAGAAACUGCUUGUUGUGAAAAACCCAAAUCAGUAAUUACUCCUUUUUUAAAGGACCUGAGCUUUAGUUAUGGGUGUACAGUAGAAAGAGCCACAGGUGUGUUUGAGCAACACACCCCCAGACACAAAUAUGAUUCCCCAGACCGCCACACUUAAAGGGGCAGUAAGCGAUUUUGGAGAAAGCUCAUCACUUUUUAUUAUUGUUGUCGUGAUUCUCUUGCUCCGGCCGGUGCCGCGAACCCGGAACCUCGAGGUUGGAGUCCGACUCGCAAAACCCCUGGGCCGAAACCGUGGAUGAUGAUCACACCCCUUUCACACCUGAUUCUAAACGUAAAGUAUUAGGAGUAUUAUUAAAGUAUCUCUGUCGAGUUGAUGCUGAGAUUCUGUAAACACAGGCCCUGGACACCGUUUUACAGCAGUGUUAGUACAAAGUGUAGGUGAUCAUUGCUCCAGAUGUGGGACACGCCCACACGGACGGACCCACCCACCACCACCACCCCUUCCCACUCCCCGAUGCCCCGUCAGUCCAACGCCACUGUGGCGGCCUGAAGUUCCCGGAGCACCGAACUCUCAGGCCUCUCGUGUAGCACGGAGGGAGACUCGUAUCCACGGCCGAUGGGAAACAGUUCAGACUAUUUUCUCUUUGGUUUUUAGAUUCCGAGGAAAACUACAAAUCAUUGACUGAGGAGGGAGACGGUGCCUCUGUGUGGUAAUAUAGGACUCUCUAGGUUUUUUGCACCGUGGUUUUCAGUGCCUGCAGCAGCGAUUCAUCAAGGGGGGAAAAAAAAACCCCAUCUCAGCUUCACCUCUUUAAGCUUUACUCAUCGAUCACCGGAUGCUUUACUUCACGGACAGAUGUGUUGUACAUAUUUUUUUGUAGGCGGAACGAUUUCUCCUCCGUCGCGACUGUAACAUCCGUAGCCUCCAGGGAGAGAUCCCGCUGAAAGAGACGGUGUUGUCAGAGUGACCGUCGGCUCACCGACGUGAAACAAGAUCACCAAGACAAAGUAGACGACUAAUAAAAAAAAAAAGGUUCCAAUGCUUUAUUGAUAAACUCAAACUGUGUGUACAUAAAGGGGGACAUAAAGCAGAAGCGGGGAAAAAACCUUUUUAAUCUCAUCAACUUCAGAGAUCAUCAGCGCUCGGUGUUCGUCAAGCAGUGGUUGGAAGAAAAGAAGAAAACAUCCUCCCCGUCAAAUGUUAUUUUGGUGUCUUUUUUUCAAUCAUACAAAGAGAAUGAACUGUCGAGGAUGUAAAGAUGUAUAAAAUAUAUAAAAACUGUGUUAAACUUGCAGAAGCAGUGCACUGGAUUCUAAGCCAUCUACAGGAGAGUAAACGCAGCCGUCGGGGGGGUUUCGCUGCCACUGUGUUCUGAGGACCGAAACUUUUCCUUUUCCAGCAAAAGAGGGGGAAAAGUUUGUAAAGAAUCCGGGGGGUUUCCUGCAAGAUCGACUUCAGGCUUGAAUGUAUCUUCAUCUCGUAACUUUUCUGCAUCUCGUCCUCUUUCGUCCACAGCCCCGCGAUCAGCUCCGUCCUGCGUAGGAGCCCUGCAGGUCGCAGACACGUUUUCCUCCCGAGGCCUCAACUGUUUUGUGUGUAACACAGGAGGCGGGCUGUUUGGGAGUUUUCACCUGCAGCUGCUCUUCUCUGCUCUGCACUGUGACCGCACCUCAACAUGGACCUGGAGGGAGGGGGGGGGGGUCUAAAGAAUGUAUUUAUCCUGUUUCUGUUCAAAAUCUGCUCAAUGUGUUUUUUGUUUUUGUCUGUUUGUUCCGUUUGUUUCUGGCUAGACUAAUCACCAAAUACCCCGACACACUGCUCCGAACAGUUCUCAUCCUGCAUUAUGGCAAACCUCUCCCAUCUUUAGUCGUGCUAAUGUAAAAGAAAAACCGAAGGGGCUACUGUGCGUUCAAGCGUUUUAUUGGGAGAAAAACGAUGAACAAUCUCGUCAUCACCAGACAAUCACAUGCAAAUCUGCAAAACGAGCCGACGCUUGGGAGUUUAAAUCAGACCUGUUGUAUUCUAGGAGCGUGUAGCAGAGUAUAUGUGAGUAAAAGCGGAUUCAAAAGGUCAAAAGGUCACCAGAGCUGGUGUCCAGGAAUCACUGUGUGACGUUCAGCAGUUCUGUUUUUUUAAUCAAUUACCAUUAAUGAAGAGGAGAUAGCAGGAUUUAUUUUUCAAACUGUUUUUUUUUUUUGCAUUAUCUGAUGUGCAAUAUGUCCUGAAUCCAAACAGAGGUGCAAUUUGUUUGAAUAAGUAGCAUUUCCUUUUUUUUUCUAUAUUAGUAUUCAGUUGUAAAGAUGUUACUAUCAAAAAAACAAACAGUGCAUGAAAACGAGAAACAAGCUCAACCGGUGGACAGGAAAUCAACUCUGCAAUUAAAUCAUGGUCAUGCCGUUUGUGGAUGAAAGUUAAAAAACCAUCCACAUUUUUUAGUUUUUUUUAAUAAACAUUGGUCAAUAAUGUUUGAAAAGCCAAAAAUCAUGUACAUGUUUUUCUUUUCUUUACACUACAAAUGUCAUGAAGUGGUCUUCAUCUAAAACAAACCCUGUAGUAUAUGUAAAAUAAAAACUUAUAGAAAAUUGAAA